AAUUACGUUUGAUUCUCUGCAAAUAUUAUAUUAUAUAUAUAUAUACAUAUUAGUUUAAUAAUCCAUAUGUUUACAUUGACUUGCACUCUUUAAAUAUUUCACGUCAGCUCUUAUAUUCACCGGUUUGGAAUUGAAAAAUAAUGCAUUCAUCUUCAUCUUCAACUCUGAUCUCGUCUUCUCCGGCUGUGAGGUACCAUUGAGGAAUCAACCCAUGGACUCAUCGUCCGAUUUCCCGACCAGCAAGUCGCCGAGGAGAGAGCUCCAAGGCCCCCGUCCGGCGCCCCUCAAAGUGCGUAAAGACUCCUACAAGAUCAAGAAGCCGCCACCGGUGCCGCAGCCGCAGCCGCAGCCUCACCCUCAGCAGCAGCAGCAUCAGGUCCAGCAACACCGGUUGCCGGUCAUAAUAUACACGGUCUCCCCCAAGGUGAUCCACACAAACCCUACUGAGUUCAUGGCUCUGGUGCAACGCCUCACCGGCUCAUCCUCCUCCUCCUCCACCGCCGGCGAUAGAAACAACGGCGGGAAUGCUAAUUCCGGCGGCACUAUGAAUGCUAAUUCCGGCGCCGCUAUGUCUCCGGCCGCCCGCUUCGCGACGAUAGAGAAGGCAAAACUGUCGACGCCGGAGGGGAAGAAUUCGAAGGGAGGCGUAGUGGAGGGACUGCUAGAAAUUGGCGGAAGUGGGGUUGAGAGAAGUGGGUUGUUGCCUGGGAUUUUAUCGCCCGGGCCGGCGUCGCUGCAGCCGAUUCCGGCUAACUUCUUCUCCCCGUUAUCGGAUCCGAAUGCUUUGGGAUUCUUGGCUGAUUUGAGCCCUGUUGUUGUUGAUAAUAACAGGAAGUACCAUAUAGAGGGUGGUGGUUAUAAUAAUUUCAUGCCUAGUCCAUCUUCAAACUUCUUCUCACCAAAUCUGUCUAUGGACCUUUUUAACAAUUUCUUUGAUCUUUGACCUCAAUUUUAGGUGGCUUGAUAAUUGUACUGAUCAUCAGUUAAUGGUGAAGAUCGAGUUUGAUGCAGAGUUGAAGGGGAGUACUGAUGAUCAAUCAUCAAAGCGCACCAUUUUCCGAUAUAUUAGGUUUGGUUGGUGUAUAUGGGAGGCAAGUUGAGAGUUCUUGAGCAGGCCGGCUAGCCACUUUGUUUUUAUUUUAAAUUUUUUUCUAAAAAUAUUACUGAUUAAAA